GGAAUACCCAUGGCUACAGGGGAUGAGAAAUGAAAGGAUAAAGAGCGACGGUCCAGGCAAGAAGGGAGAUCAAGGAAAGAAGCCGCAUCCAGAAGUAGCGUGAAGUGACGCGAGUCCUUAAAUGGAGAGGGCCAGAUUGCGGGGACAGCGACCAGGGCGAUGUGUUGAUGGAGAAACGGCGAGAUUUGGUUUUCCUCGUAAGGGUAAAAAGCGGAGGCGAAGAGAUUUCGCGCCUGAGGCUUGCGGUCGUAGCGCCGCGGGUUGGCCUGAGGGAAACAUUGGGGGAUUCUGGGUGGCUGGGAGAACCGGUGGUGGCGCCCUAAUGAUCAUCCGCGUACAAUCUGGUACAGCGCCUAAAGGCUGAAGGGAGGAAAGAGUGAAAGAUCAAUGAUUUGUCAAUUGAGAUGAAUCGUGACCACUGAAUGUUUCACUGACAAUGGCAUUGAUCACAAUGCAGGCGAUUGACUAUUUCCAUGGAUCAACUUCGAGUA